AUGUAUUCUAUGAACUAUAUCGGCAAGUUCAUUGCGAACUUCCGGGAAUUCUACAACGAAAUCAAUAGUGCGACGCUGACCGGCGCCAUCGACGUGGUGGUGGUAGAGCAGCCAGAUGGUAGCUUCACGUGCUCGCCGUUUCACGUUCGCUUCGGCAAACUCGGUGUGCUGCGCUCGAGGUUCAAAGUUGUGGACUUAGAGCUAAACGGUGAACAGUUAGAUAUCCACAUGAAGCUCGGGGAGUCGGGCGAAGCGUUUUUCGUGGAGGAGGUGGGUGAGGACGAGGCGGUGUGCUCCGCGCACCUCGCUACAUCCCCCAUACCAGCUACGCGUUUCGAGGAACUUUACGAACCAAGGCGUAGAAAUUCAUUGUCGAUAGUCGAGCCUGACCAUGGCCUUGCUUCUGAUUAUACAAAACGACGUUAUACUGCUGACGGCCAGACUAUGCAGAAACCUGAUUUAAGUAAGCUUAAAACCAAAGAUGAAAAUAAAAAAAGAAAUGAUACUGAAAAUGACGCCCUAUUUGAAAUGGAGGGCUUGGAUGAUGUAACGGUCGAUUGGACCGACGCGAAACCCAAAACGUUUGCAGCAACGGAGCUCGGCGGAGCCGAGAGUGAUGCUGACCAUGUAGUACAAAAGAUUAGCGCGAACAACGACUUCCGCCCUAUCGAAGCCGCGCCCUCCGCACAGGAAGAAGUAAAGCAAAAUGGAAACGGGAAAAAGAAAAAAAAGACUAGAAAGGUCAGCAUGAAGAAGAAGCACCAAAGAAAGUCCUCCACCAGUUCCGUUUCAAGCCAAUCAGACCUCGCUAGUUCCGAGCCGCGUGGGUCGCAACCCACUUCCAUUCCAAAUAAAGCUGAUAUUAACUUUUUCAGUGAUACCGAAGUGAAUGCUGCUAUGCUCAGUGAAGAAAUGUCGAAUUUGAAGCUGAACGGAGACAACCGCAUCCCGCUGGCGUUGUCCGAUACAGCGUUCGAGGUGCAUGCAGCCUCCAGACACUCCAAGGGGUCACGUAGCGGCACGCCUGUGCAGUCAGACACUGAGGUGGAGUUGUCGCGUGCGACUGCUGGUGACAAAUCAUCGCAGUCGUGGCGAUGGGGCGAGUUGCCGGAGCCUCCGAUGAGAGGGACGAAUACAGAGUCUCCCGAAAGCCCAGCGUCUCCGGUGUCCCCGGCGUCCCCUGCUUCGCCGGCAGAGCCCCUCAGUUCUGACGAGGAACGGCCGGGACGGCGCGGAGUGUUCAGCGGGAUGUUCCGCUUCAUGUCGACGCGGGACGCCAACGAUGCUGCGACGGGGGGUGUUUAUCUAGACGACCUUGACCGCGGCCAAGUCGACCCCGAUCUGUAUUUCCCAAAGCACCAUACUGAACGCUACCGCUCAGGGGGCGUAAGGGGUACAGUGCAAGAAGUAGGACCGACAGAAGAGGAGUAUGAGUCAGGCAAUGGACCUUCUCUCCCACAGUCCCCAGCUUCCCUCGAACCGCCCACUAUCGACUCAGAUGACGAGGACAAAAUAUUAAGCAAGGGGGAAGUGUCGGUGUACGUGCGCGAGGGCGCGGUGUCGCGCGCGCUGCCGUUCGACGAGUUCUGUGCGCACGGCGAGGCGCUGGCGGCGGAUGGCCGCCUCGUGGUGCGCGUGGGCACGCGCUGCCUGCCCUGGCGCAGCGCUGGCCCGCUGCUGCUCUCGCUGCUCGCUUACCGUCGCCCGUUGCCCAACCGUAUCCUGGAGUCGUUGGACAAAGGUUCAGUGGAAGCGGAGGCGGAGGCGGAGGCGGAGGUGGGCGGGGCGGCGGGUGCGGCCAGCGCGGGCGCCAAGCCGCGCGCCUAUAGCUGGUGGAGCUGGCGCCGCUCCAACGCAGACGCCAAGCGAACUGAAUCAUCGCCACCGAAAGAAGAAAUCACAAAGGACUUAAACAUAGAACAAGCGCCGCAAGUGAUCAAAAGUAUUCAAGAAAUUACUGUAGGUGAAGAUCAAGUGGACUAUGGCACUGAAGAAAAAGACCUUGAAACUGAAGAUAACGAUGUAAAUGACGUCAUGGAACCACAAGAACCAAUUCAAAUUGAAGAUGGAACAGAACUAUUGCCCGAGAAACCAUCACAAAUAAAAGGAGAUCAACUCGAGCACAGUUCGUCAGAUUCGGAACAGGAGACAUCCAAGCAUCAGAAACCUCGUCGUUAUUCCACAUUCCGAAAAACCUUGCGGCUAUCUUCAGAACAAAUUAAAAAGUUGAACCUGCGUGAGGGCAUGAAUGAGAUGGUGUUCAGUGUGACGACGGCGUACCAAGGCACCACGCGCUGCAAAUGCAACGUGUUCCGCUGGAGACACGACGAUAAGGUCGUCAUUUCGGACAUCGACGGCACCAUCACCAAGUCCGAUGUCCUUGGUCACAUUUUUCCACUGGUAGGGAAAGAUUGGGCUCAGUCUGGAGUGGCGCAACUUUUCACUAAGAUAAAGAACAACGGCUACCAACUACUCUAUCUUUCUGCUAGAGCUAUUGGCCAGGCUCGGGUGACGCGCGAGUACCUGCGCUCGAUCCGGCAGGGCGAGCUGUGCCUGCCGGACGGGCCGCUGCUGCUCAACCCCACGUCGCUGCUGCGCGCCUUCCACCGCGAGGUCAUCGAGAAGAAGCCCGAGGAGUUCAAGAUACAGUGCCUCGCCGACAUCAAGGCCUUGUUUCCGCACGGCUCCAACCCCUUCUACGCGGGAUACGGGAAUAGAGUGAACGAUGUUUGCGCGUACCAAGCUGUCGGCAUUCCGAUUGUAAGAAUUUUCACUAUCAACUACAAGGGCGAAUUGAAACACGAAUUGACGCAAACAUUCCAGUCGACGUACUCGCACAUGUCAGUGCUGGUGGACCAGGUGUUCCCGCCCGCGCUGUGCGAGCCGAGUGGCGAGUUCUCGCACGCGGUGUACUGGCGCGACCCGCUGCCCGACGUCGAACUCCCGCCGCUACAGACCGUGCACCAACCAACCACCAAACACUAA